AUGAGCGCGAAAAGCAUCUCUACAUACUCAUCUCCAGCCAAUAGACAAAAAACCAUAGUCAUCCAAAGCAUGGCCACAGCACCAACUUUGUCUACGCCUCAGGACGAGUCGGUAUUUUAUGCCAAGGUAGCUGUUUCCAAACCACGCCGUCGCAGUAAUAUUGCCCAAUACUAUAGUCUCGAUGAGCUUGCAGAUGCAGUUAAGAAAUAUAAAAGAAUCACGCUUCAAUUCCCCGAUGAGUUGGUAGGAGACUCUGCUGCAGUGGCAUAUGAGUUGCAAUCACGGUUGGACAAGGCAAGUGCUCUACUACAAAAAGAGGAUUCAGAAACUGGAAAUGGCCAAGCGGCCCUGCAAAAUGAGAACGAUAAGACAGCAGAAGCCAAAGAAACCUCCGAAUGCAGAGGUGAUGUGGACCCAGCAGCAAAAACCCCAAAACAACAGUGCUCCUCAAGCACUUGUUCGACCGGCAACAACUCAUGUGCUUGCUCUGCUUCCUGUUCAAGCUCCUGUUCAAAUUCAGAUGCCAAAACAUCUUCCCAGGUGUGGAUCUUGGCCGACACAUCCUACUCUCCGUGCUGUGUGGAUGAAGUGGCGGCACAGCAUGUUCUGGCGGAUGUUGUGGUACAUUUUGGUGACGCUUGCUUGAAUCCUGUAGCGUCACUUGCGGCCGUAUAUGUUUUUGGUCGGCCCCACAUCGACUUGGACGUGCUUGUCACUCGACUCAGGGAAAAGUACACGCCAGAUUCGCAGCUUGUUCUCAUGGCCGACACGCCUCAUACGCCGCUUUUGCACGAGCUUCAGGCUCUUGUGCCAGAGCUCAACACUACAGUGGCUGAUAUCUACAUUCAGGAUAAGCUGUCUGUAGUAGGAUACAAGCCACGAGUGGUCCAGGAAGAUGAUUUGAGGACACUUAACCGGGUAUUCCCUGGAAUCUCAGACGAAGCCGAAUUGCAAAAUUACGACUUGUUCCACAUUUCUGAACCCAAGGCGCCACGCAUGCUCCAACUCACCACCAAGUUUCAAUCUGUCACCACAGUCGAUGCUGAGACUGGAGAUUUCUCGCUGAACCCAGCGCCUGCUCUUGCUCGCAGAUACCGCUACAUGCAUAUGGCCCGUUCUGCAGCUACGGUGGGGCUUCUUGUGAAUACCUUGUCGUUGGCACAUACUCGUACACUCAUGAAUAGUUUGGCAAGCCAACUUCGGGAAGCAGGAAAAAAGCAUUAUCUUUUUGUUGUCGGUAAGCCGAACGUGGCUAAGUUGGCCAACUUUGACGCUGUGGACAUGUGGUGUGUUUUGGGCUGUGACCACCAGGGCAUUAUUUUGGACGAAACACGCGAGUACUUCAAGCCGAUUGUGACGCCGUAUGAACUUGUGCUUGCCUUGAGUGAUGAGCUUACAUGGACAGGCCAAUGGGUUACAGAUUUCCAAGAGGUGUUGACUCUUUUGAAGGAUGAGAAUGAAGACAAUAACCAAGAAGGUAACAGCAACAGCAUGAAUGACGAAAGCGAUGGUGAUGAUGAGCCAGAGUUCGACUCCGUCACUGGUCGGUAUGUCAGUGCCCGCCCAUUGAGACGCCUUCGGCAUUUACAGAUUGAGCAGGAAGCUGAAGAAGCCCCAGAUCCAAAUACGGCUCAGCAAAAUGGCUCUAGCGAGUCUGGCGCAUCAAAUGGGAAGAAACCAUCCAACCAGUUGGUCAAAAAACUCUCUUCUGCCGUAGCAGUACGUGGAACAUAUUCCACUUCUGCGGCUCAUCUUCAGACCAGAGAAUGGACAGGCUUGGGCAGUGACUGGACCCAGGAUGAGGACGAUGAGGGCGCAGAAGUUGAGGAGGGUCGCAGCGGUAUAGCACGUGGCUAUGAUUUUGAUAGAGAAAACCGUCAUUAG